UGUGACGCUGCACUCUAACCGUCAAAAGGGAAGUUAGUCACCGCUUCUGCUGCUAGCCAGCUAACUUGCUACAAAAAGUAAACAAGUCUGAGGGGAGAGAUGAAUUUGAGUUGUGUGGCACUAUAGCCUUACACACAUGAAGGAAGACAAGGAAAACACUCGUCCGAAGGACAAAAAAGUGGACAUAAAGUGUGAAGAUGGAGAAAAGAUGGAGAAGUCUAAGGAAAAGAAAGAGGCCAUGACAAAGAUUGUGAUCAGGCGCUUACCACCAAGUCUAACUAAGGAGGAGCUUGAGGAGCAGCUGCAGCCUCUCCCAGAGGUGGACUACUUGGAGUUUUUCUCCAAUGACACCAGCCUUUAUCCUCAUCUCUUCGCAAGGGCUUACAUCAAUUUCAAAAAUCAAGAGGACAUAGUUCUCUUCAGAGACAGAUUUGAUGGAUAUGUGUUCAUUGACAACAGAGGACAAGAGUAUCCUGCCAUUGUGGAGUUUGCACCUUUUCAAAAGACUGCCAAGAAAAGAGUCAAGAAAAAGGAUGCAAAAUGUGGAACGAUUACUGAAGAUCCUGAUUACAAAAAGUUCCUUGAGUAUUAUAAUGGAGAUGAAGAAAAGUUUACAUCCACACCUGAGACUCUGCUGGAAGAGAUUGAAGCAAAAUCAAAGGAACUUGGAGGAAAAAAAACUACCCCUCUGCUGGACUUCUUGAAGAACAAACAGAGGCUCAGGGAGGAAAAGAAGGAGGAGAGAAGAAGAAGGGAGCUUGAACGCAAGCGUCUGCGUGAUGAAGAGCGCCGUAAGUGGAGGGAGGAGGAAAGAAAAAAGCGCAAAGAAGCAGAGAAGAUGAAAAGACUUGAGAAACCACUGGAGAAAGACAAGGACCACAUUAAGGAAGAACCAAAAAUCAAGCUCCUCAAAAAGCCAGAAAGAUCUGAUGAUGGUGAUUCUGAGAAACCGAAGGAAAAGAACAAGAAACCAGAGAAGCCAAAUAAAGAGGACCGAUCCAUGGGAAGUGCUGAUCAGAAGAGACGCCACAACAUUGAUAAUAAAGAAGAUCGCGGCCGAAAAGCGGAUGAAGACGGCCGAAAAGAGUUCAGGGAACGUGACACAGAUCGAGACCGUGAACGAGACAGAGAGAAAGAACGGCGGCAAAGGGAGAAGGAGCGCAUCAGACGCCAGGACGAAGAUCGGAGGAGGAGGAGAGAGCGUCAGGAUGGAGAGAACACCUACAGGAAGCGGGAGGAAGAGUUUAAAAAAGAAAAAGACCGUGUCUCAGAAAAGAAAAAGGGUGAACACAUGGCAGAUUCUACUCACAGUGAAAGGCCAGAGAAACAUGCCAAAGACAACAAGAAGGAGGAGAGUGUCAAAAGAGAGCGUCUACGAAAUAAGGAUCGGCCGGCCAUUCAGCUGUACCAACCAGGAGCCCGAAGCCGCAACCGUGUAACUGGAGGGGGAGAUGAGCUCAAAACUGCUGACAAGAAACCAGAUACCGAGACAAAGAAAGUGUCUGAUAAGGGAGAGGAUUGAACAGAAGUUACUUAUGGCAUUUUAAGUUCUUUGAAGAGAGGAUGGCAGGCCUGUGAGGCUCAGAGCAGAAUACAGCCACGUCUUCUGUGGUUAGAAUAUCCAGCUCUCACAGUGACGGAGCAUACGGUAGUAGAGCCUCUUUAUUAUUUGGUAGGAAAGGUAACGGUUACCUUUGGAAGAGGUGUGGCUGUAGGGAACAUUAGAUGAAGCCAAAACUUUGUUGGACCAUGAAACUCAGUGUGGCCUUAUUUCAGUAUUGUUUCUCUGAUAUGAUGCUUGUAACACCCUGUAUACGUCCGCUUUUAACUUAUUCAUGUCCUCAUAUCACACUCUGUAGAUACUCGUCAGGUGUUGCCCACCUACAGUUUCCCUAUUACAUGACUUAUCAUAUCAGCAUUGCCAAGCUCAACUGGUUUGAACACUGUCUGGAAUGACAUUUUUACCAUUUUUAAGUUUGAAGUGUGAUUAAAAAAUAUCUUCAUUUUAUUUGGGGAGCUAGAUAAUCCACUUAAAAUUAUUCAUAGCAGCAAGUCUGAUACACUUGUUGUCUGUUGAUCAUGGCAUGUUGUUUAGGACAUAAUCUUUAUUUCACCAUUUUUCUCUCCACUAGCAGAUCAUCGCAAUUUUGCAGAGGAGAAAUAGCCAUUCCUGAUCAGACUGCCGUGCCUGCAUGCAGACUUUAAUCAGAGCAUCCAAACUGUGGCCUUUCCUGUUUUCUAAUAUAAUAAACUGCUCCCCUUAAAAUCUGUGAUGCACUAAACUGAAUACAGCAUGAAAGAAUAUCACUGCUGAUAAAGCUAACAACAAUGCCACUUUUGACCAGAAUAAAACAUUUCUUUGUAGAAA